AUGAAGUUCUUGGUGGUACUCAUUGUUGUGGUAGCCGCAGUGUAUGGCGAAGAUGAUAAAAAAGUUGUUAAACGUGGUUUAUUAGGAUUAGGUGAUGCAGGAUUAUAUGGACAUGGAUUGAGCCACGGUGGAUUAUCUGGCGGUGCUUUGGUAGGACAUGGACUUGGUUUGGGAGGAGGUCUAUCAAGUUUAGGUGGAAGCAGUUUGGGAGUUGCUGGAUUAGAAUCCUCGCACAACCACCAAGUGAGCCACACUGUAUCCGUCAACCGAGUAGCAAUUCCAGUUGCUCAACCUGUACCAGUUCCAGUAGAAAGAACUGUCCAUGUUCCUUACAAUGUACCUGUACCAUACCCAGUGGACAAACCAUAUGCCGUCCAUGUGCCUAAACCAUACCCAGUCCCUGUUGUCAAGAACGUUCCGGUUCAAGUGGACAGCCCUUACCCCGUGCAAGUGCCAGUUCCAGUGAAAGUUCCAGUUGUUCACAAAGUAGCUGUUCCUGUUCCAGCACCUUAUCCAGUUCCAGUUCACAAAGCUAUUCCAGUUCCAGUGCAUACACCAGUUUUAGUUAAACAUCACUUGCAUCACGACCACCAUGAUCAUCAUUUCGCACACCACUUCUAG